CAGUAAACACGACCUUGGGAAUUUGUUGAGACUGGAUCUUUAAUUAGCUUACGUGUCGUGAUGUAUUUUCUAGGUUUCUUAGAUCGUUAAUCAUAUUAAAACGGAAACUGAACUUUUAAAUAAAUGUUCCCUUAGGAACAAAAUGUCGAAGAAAGCAGACUUGUUGAGUGGUAUCAAUGAAGAAGACCAAACUCUGGUCUUCAAAGUGUUUGGUUACGGGUCUCUUUUGUGGAAAGUGAACUUUAAUUAUUCUAGUCGUGAUCAUGGUCAUAUCGAAGGGUUCCAGAGAAAAUUCUGGCAGAACAAUAAGACUCAUCGUGGGACGGAAGAAAAGCCCGGACGAGUAGCCAUUCUUCACGAAACUGAAGAAGACAAAACACUCAGCGGUGUGAUGUUUACCAUUAAGGGUGCAUCAGACAUUGAGGAUGCCAAACAGAAAUUGGAUACACGGGAAACAGUGCUGGGUGGUUACAUCUCAAUUCAGACCACGUUCUACGAUGAAUAUGGUGUCCAGUCCGCUGUUACUGUAUUUACAGCUACCCCUGACAAUGACCUCUAUGUGGGACAGAUUUGUGAUCAUCCUCAUGAUGACGUAGAACACAUAAGUACACAGGUUGUCGGUGCCCAAGGUCGCGCUGGAUCCAAUGCAGAAUACGUCAUCAAACUGGCAAAAUAUGUUAGAAGACAUUUUCCAAACGAGGACGACGAACAUUUAUUUUUGCUCGAGAAAAAAGUCACCGAAAAAUUGAGUAAUCGUUCGCGGACAGUUCAAAUCAACUACGAACAACUGAAUGGUAUAAACCAUCAUGAUAUUUGAUUUUCUAAAUGUCACAACAUAUGAUGCUACGAUUGUAAUAUUUAUGAAUAUGUUUACAUUGUUUUAUCUGUAACAUGAAUGUACGAUGGUCAGUAUAUCAUAUUUAAAUUAUGUUUAUCAAUAAUUAUCACUUAUUGAUUAUUUUAGAGCUAUGAUUCUCGUUGAUUCUUACUAUAUACGUACAGAACGUACGCUUAAACCCAGCUGUAAAAUUUAAAAAAAAAGACUAAAAGGAAACCCUUAGAGCUUUAAAAAAGAUUUUUGUGAUGGUGUGUAAUAGCAAAUUUCCAAAUUAAAUAUUUUUUUAAAAAUGCAUUUGCUAAUGUUUAACGAAAGCUUGGCUUUUUUAAACUAACAGCAAUAAAAUACGUACCGGUCACAGAAAUGCAAUUAUAGAAUGCGAAUUUUGUAAAAUCCUUUCAAUAUUCAUACCAACAAAUAUCUUAGCCACAUGUCGCUUAUCUUGCCAAAAACAAUGGUUUAAGAACGUUAUUGAAUUUUGGACGCACCUUUGCACACGUGGAACCAAAUCAAUGUUAUUUACGUCGCAGAUGCGCAAAGGCUUUCCCCUACCUACAUUCAGAGCAAUAUGAGUUGCUAUUGUGUGCAAUAAUUUUCAUGACGCCCUCUACACUUUAUGUUGGUAUCUGUUUUCACAUGUAAAAAAUACAUGCUAAAAAUACAAAUUACGGUUAUGUGUUGUUUAUUUUCAGAUUCUGUGCAAGGAG